CAUCGGCUCCAUGCUUUCCGCCCUCCCAACCGACUCUCACAAAUCACAAUUUCUUCUCUCACUCUGCGAGGAUCGGAAUUGGAACGAUCGCGGCGGUUUUGAAGAGGAUUUGAUUUUGAUGAAUUGAUCAGUUCGUGGUUUGUUUUGAUUUUGUUAUGAUGCAGGGGAGUUCGGCGAUUUCGGCGCCGCCGAGGAGUUUUAGCAGGUAUUCGAACAGUGAGGUUGAGGAGAUUGCAGCGCGAGUUGUGGAGGAAUUCGGUUCGGAGGAGUAUUACGACGAGUUUUACUUCGAGAAGAAUGAGGAGGAAGAGCGAGGAAGCGGUGGCGUUGUGGAGGAAGGAGAGAAUGAGGAGGAGGAGGAGAAGGAAUUUGAGUUUGCUGUUGUGAUGAGAGGUUCUGAACUGUCUUCUCCGAUUUCCGCGGAUGAGAUCUUCCACAACGGCCAGAUCCGACCUGUUUACCCUGUUCUCAACAGAGAUUUGGUUCACAAGGACAAUCGGAAGGAGAUCGGAAAUGAGAGCUCCGGCGAGAAGGUGGAGGCGAUUAGGCUUCCGUUGAAGAAGCUAUUCAUUGAGGAAAGGGAAACGACUGUGACGAAUACGAUGUCGUCGAGCUCUUCGUCGGAGGCGGAUGAGCUGGAAGGAGUUCCGGCGGACAGUUACUGCGUCUGGCAGCCGAAGGAGGCGGCGGAAGGACGGUGCAAAAAAAGCAAAAGCUCCGGCGCCGGCGGUUCGAAUUCUAGGCGGUGGAAGCUCAAAAACUUUCUGCACAGAAGCCAUAGCGACGGCGGUAAGGAUGGUUUCGUAUUUUUCAGUCCUGGCAAUAGCGGGAGAAAGAAGGCGCACAAUGAGGAAAAAGUUAAGGAAACUUCUCCGGUGACCGGAAAAGUGAAGCCGACGGAAGCUCCGCCGCUUGACGGCGGUAAGGAUAAUGUCGGAAUUUUCAGUUCUAGCAAUAGCGGGAGAAAGAAGGCGCACAAUGAAGAAAAAGUUAAAGCAAGUUCUCCGGCCAUCGGAAAUGUGAAACCGACGGAGGUUCCGGCGGCGGCGCCGCCGCCGAGUGACGGUGGAGAGAGGCGGCGCUCGUACUUCCCGUACAAGCCGGAUUUGGCUGGGAUUUUCGGCAAUGUAAAUGCUUUGGGUAAAAAUUUGCAGCCAUUUUGAGAUAUUUUAUUUUUACUUUUUUGAAAAUUUUGAAUUUAGUAUUUUUAGAAAAAAUAAAUAAAAAAAAGUAGAGAAAAAGACCUGUAUAAUUAUAUUUUAUUUUUUUAUUUAUUUUCAAUGUAUUUGUAUGUGAAUAUAUAUAUAUAUAUAUAUGUGGUGUUAAAUAAAAUUAAAU